UUGGAAUUUUUGGCGCGAGCCGGCUCCGCGCGCGUUCACGGGCCGUUCACCCCGCCGGGAGAGCCCUUCACGGGGGCGUCCGGAGCCGCCGCCGGCAGACCCCGGCUCCCUCGACCGUCCUGAAGCCUCCCGUGGCCUCCGCUGACCCGGAAUCUGGGACCUCGCUGCCGCGCCCCGCCCCGCCCCGCGGACCCAGCCCGGCUACCCAAUUGCUCGCCAGAGAUUCCUGCCCCUCUUCCACGAAACGGUUCAGCCGCUGCAUCUGCCCGGGAGGAGCUCACAGUCUAGCCGCUCCGUGGUCAGCCCGUGUGUCUUGUCCAGUGAAAGGGUGCUGUGGCCCCAGGGCCUCUGUGUUCUAGUAGACCUGGCUCUGAGCUCACAGAACCAGGUGUUAUUUAAGAGGUCACACUGCUCUGCACUCAGCCUUCACGCUGGCCAUGCCUGUGCCCACCGAGGGUACCCCGCCGCCCCUGAGUGGUACCCCUGUUCCAGUACCAGCCUACUUUCGCCAUGCAGAGCCAGGCUUCUCCCUCAAGAGACCUGGGGGCCUCAGCCGAAGUCUCCCACCCCGGCCUCCUGCCAAGGGCAGCAUUCCCAUCAGCCGUCUCUUCCCUCCUCGGACUCCUGGCUGGCACCAGCCCCAGCCCCGGAGGGUGUCAUUCCAGGACAAAGCAUCAGAGCCCCUGAAAAGCCCUGGGUAUGACCCCAGCCGGCCAGAGUCCUUCUUCCAGCAGAGUUUCCAGAGGCUUAGCCGCCUGGGCCAUGGCUCCUAUGGAGAGGUCUUCAAGGUACGGUCCAAGGAAGAUGGCCGGCUGUAUGCAGUUAAGCGUUCCAUGUCGCCCUUCCGGGGCCCCAAGGACCGGGCCCGGAAGCUGGCUGAGGUAGGUGGCCAUGAGAAGGUGGGCAAACACCCACGCUGUGUGCGGCUGGAGCAGGCCUGGGAAGAGGGUGGCAUCCUGUACCUCCAGACAGAGCUGUGUGGGCCCAGCCUGCAACAACACUGUGAAGCCUGGGGUGCCAGCCUGCCUGAGGCCCAGGUCUGGGGCUACCUGCGGGACACUCUGCUGGCCCUGGCCCACCUGCAUGGCCAGGGCUUGGUCCACCUUGAUGUCAAGCCUGCCAACAUCUUCCUGGGGCGCCACGGCCGCUGCAAGCUGGGUGACUUUGGGCUGCUGGUCGAGCUGGGUACCACUGGAGCUGUUGAGGCCCAGGAGGGAGACCCCCGCUACAUGGCUCCAGAGCUGCUACAGGGGUCCUAUGGAACAGCGGCAGAUGUGUUCAGUCUGGGUCUCACCAUCCUGGAAGUGGCCUGCAACAUGGAGCUGCCCCGUGGUGGGGAAGGCUGGCAGCAGCUGCGCCAGGGCUACUUGCCCCCUGAGUUUACUGCUGGUCUGUCUGCUGAGCUGCGUUCUGUCCUGGUCAUGAUGCUGGAGCCUGACCCCCAGCUCCGGGCCACGGCCGAGGCCCUGCUGGCCCUGCCCAUGCUGAGGCAGCCAAGGCCCUGGAGUGUCCUCUGGUGCAUGGCUGCAGACACACUAAGUCGUGGCUGGGCCCUGUGGCAGGCCCUGCUCACGCUGCUGUGCUGGCUCUGGCAUAGCCUGGCUCACCCUGCAAGUUGGCUGCAGCCCCCAGGGCCACCGACCACCCCUCCCGGCUCACCAUCCUUCGGCCCCCUCCUGGACAGCAGCCUCUCCAGCAGCUGGGAUGAGGACAGCAUAGGGGGGCCCUCGCUCUCCCCAGAGCCCGUCCUGUCCCGGGCCGCCAGGAGCACCUCCACGCCCCAGGGCAGGUACAUGUGGAGGGACACCCAGGACCUAAGUGAUAUGGACACAGAGACUCCUCGGGGCUCCUAUCCCUCUUUUGAACCUCGGAACCUCCUCAGCCUUUUUGAGGACUCUCUGGACCCAGCCUGAGUUGUGGGCCCAGCUUCAGUGCUUUUAACCAUUUACCCCUUCU